AUGGAUCCAUUAGAAGAACAAGCUCAAGAACUUGAAGUUCUUGAAUCUAUUUAUCCUGAUGAGUUGGUGAAACAUUCAGAAUCCAAGUUUGACUUGUUAAUAUCGUUAGAUACUGCUUCAAAUAGAAAUCAUUCCAUUAAGUUAAAGGUUACUUAUCCAUCACAAUAUCCUGAUGAGAUACCUAUACUAGAAUUAGAGACUAUAAGUUCUGAUGAAGACGAUGAAGAUGAUGAUAGUGACGAUGAUGAAGAAGCUAAACAGAAUAAGAGGAUUAUCAACUUACCUGAACUUGUAGAGUUUACUAAUGAUGACUUAAGGCUUCUUGAAAGUAAGUUGAAUGAAGAAGCUACUAUGCAAUUAGGGAUCCCUUCAGUGUUUGCCCUUGCUACGUUGUUGAAGGACGAAGCCGAAACUUUGUUUACAAAGAAACUUGAAACCUUGGAAAAUAAACGUCAAGAUGAAUUGAAUAAACAAGAAGCUGAGCUUUCUAAGAAGUUCAUAGGUACUAAGGUAACUAAAGAAUCAUUUGAGAGUUGGAGAGAGAAUUUCCGUAAGGAGAUGCAUAUUGAUGAGAAGUUGGAGUUGUUCUAUAAGAAUCAACAUCAAGGGAAGUUAUCAGGGAGAGAGAUAUUUGAGAAAGGGUUGGCUAAUGAAGAAGAUAUCGAUAUAGAGAGUUUGAAGUUGAGUGCAUAA